AUCCGUCAUCUGGGCACACUGUGGGCGGGACCAGAGCCCCGCCUCAAGGAAUGCUCGCCUUUCAGGUCCCGUUACCGGGAUACUGGGGCUAAGGCAUUUCCUGCCUGGAAGUCUUAGCGGCUCCUACUGCCGUGGAAACCAGCUUGGAAGCUAGGGGAAGCUAUUCUGGCCCAGCGAGCGGCAGGAGAAAGAGGAUAGAGGUCUUGGACUAGUUGAACAGGCGGCUGAGCAGGGAUCUAGGCUUGGGACCAUUCUCCCACCCACCCUCACAAGUACACACCUCCCCAACCCCACCCCGGAGUAGAUCUGUACCAGGCAUUUCCUGAGUGAGGAAGUCAAGAGUUGGUGGCUCAGUCCCCUAGAUCCGUCUCUUCCCCGCUGCAGCCAUGUUUAUCACGGUGAUGUUUGGAGCCGGCUGCAGGGAACUGGUGAACCCCUGGUGCAGCCUCCUGACCCUCACUGCCCACCUGAAGCAGAGGGGGCAGGUCCCCCCAGAUGCAACCAUUGCCCUCCUGGCUGAGGAUGGGCAACUUGUGAGCCUGGGCAAGGACCCACAGGAGAGGACCUCCCCAUCCUCUUCCAAGGGCAGUCCUCUGCUGCAGGAACGAGGGAACUAUGUCCUCGUGAAAAUCAUCAGAGGGGAGGACGGGGCCCCUACCUGCUAUGAGUCACUACUGGACAACCUCGAUGAUCACUGCCCAAAGCUGGCAGAGGAACUGCGCUGGCUAUCAGGCAUCCCUACCAUGGUCAAUGGCCGGAGGAGACGCAUGGGCACUCGGCAUAGCCAUCGGGAACUAGAGCCCCCUUCAAGAGCUGGAAGGGUGAGCUCCCUGCCAUCCAGGACCCGCUAGCUGGGGCCAGGAGUCAGGUUCCAUGACCUGGCAUACCACAGCCAAGUGGCCAAGCUGGACUCAGAGCCAAGGGGGCUGUCCGUGACCUCUGACUCAUGUGAUAAGAUGCAAAUAGACAGCAGCCCAGCAGGAUUCCUCUGCCCAAUCUGGAAUUACUGAGACCUUGCAUCAUUAAAAGGAGCAAGGUCACAAGCAAGGUCACAGAAAGGUCGUGAGGCCUCUCAGGGGGAAGUCCCAAACAUAUGGGUACAGAGAAAGGCAUUCAGAGGCAAAAGCACAAAAGGUGGAGGGGGCAAGGGCCCCUGAGAGGCAGAAACAGGCUUCUCCUAGGAUUCCAACCCCCAAAGUCAGAUGCUCUUGAGAUCACCUGCUAAUGCCUCAUUAUCCCACUUUGGUUGCCCACCUCAAGUACAGAUUAUCAUAGGACUCCUCCCACCCUACCCAGGAUGCCUGUUUCAGGUGAUACAUAGCACACUACAGUGAGACAUUCAUCUACCUCCUCUAACCCCAGUUCAUUAGCUAGGGUGCUUCCAGCAGACAGCCCAACAAGAGGACACACAGCAAGCUGUGGUCUAAAAUAAACUCUUUAAUUGCACAUUUGUGUCUUGAGUUAUCUAUGGGGAAAGAAACCCCCUUCUUACUCCCAAUCCCAGGUACAAUCUGUCAUCAUGGUCCAGCUGUCGGUGAGAGGAUGGGGUGGGUGCAGGAUUAUGAAUCAGGAGUCAUCUCAGAGCUGGCCAAUGAGUCUGCACCAACAUCUUCAGGGCAGAGAGCUCAGACCUG